AAGGAAUAAACUCAAAUGGUGAGUAUUCUACAAGAGGAAGCUGUUUGAUUGAUGCACGUAUGCUACCCCUUUCUGGGGAUAACCUUCUUUACUUGUUUAAUGGAAGGAAGCAAAAGCAGAUUCUCCUACAAGGCUAUACUUGUUCAGAUUCUCCUCCCUAUUCUGGAUUAAAACAGAAGCAAAUACAGAGAGAUCUUUUCUGUAUAUAAGACUUCUCCAAUCUCCUCCCUUUUUCUUCACAACCAUCUGAUCAUCUUUCAGAGCUCUCAAUUUGCUAAAAAUGGCAAAGAACAUGGGCAUAAUUGUAUGCCUCUUAAUCAUCAUCCUGGACAUCGUAGCGGGCCUACUCGGCAUUGAAGCUGAGUUAGCUCAGAACAAGAUGAAACAUAUGAAGGUAUGGAUAUUUGAGUGUAGAGAACCAAGCUAUCAAGCUUUCAAGCUAGGGUUGGCUGCAGCAGCACUUCUAUCCCUAGCCCAUGCCAUUUCUAACUUACUUGGUGGCUGCAUCUGCAUCUCGUCCAAGGAAGCACUGGGCAAAGCAUCUCCUAACAGGCAAUUGGCAGCGGUCUCCCUCGUCUUCUCUUGGAUUAUAGUAGCAGUUGCAUUCUCAAUGUUGAUUAUUGGGGCACUAACAAAUUCAAGGUCAAGAAAAUCUUGUGGAUUACCGCACCAUCGUCUUCUGUCUAUAGGAGGGAUCUUGUGCUUCAUUCAUGCAGUUUUAGCAAUUGUCUAUUAUGCUUCAGCCACUGGUACAGCUAGAGAAGAGAAGAUUCAUCAUGGAACAGCUAGAGAAGAGAAGAUUCAUCAACAUGGAACCCACGUUUGAUUUGCUCUCAAUUCAGAUGGCUCCACUCUAUUUCACUUCAGAGAUUAAGAGUUUAUUGUAUUAUUGCCUCCAACCCAGAGUUUAUUUUUGUUGUUCUUUCGGUAUUUUAUUGCCUGUGAAAGAUAAGCUGUAUUUAUAGAAAUGAUCAUUUGAGACGGA